AUGAAUUACAACAGACGUUUCUACAAGUCGAGGGUUCAGAAAGUUCAAGAAAGGCUUCUGAAAACAUAUUCACAAUUAUCGCAGCAAGAAGUCAAAACAAAACAUAAGAAAAAUAAAAAAGAAAAGCAGAGAAGAAAAAAGUCUCAGUCCACUGAUUUGGUAUUCGCCAUCAUGUGCCUUCAAAACGAAAAUAAAUCAGCACAACUUUUGAAUAAUUAUUCAUUCAUUUUCGAUGAGCCAACAAAACCGAAAUUAUCAACACGAAAGUUUGUAAAGUCAGCAAAAAUAAAUCUGAAUAAAUAUUGGAGCAAGCUGGAAAACAUUGUUUCGAUUUCAUCGAUCGUGAGAAACAACAAGAAGAAAUUGCGCAAGUUGAAGAUUGUCAACCAACAGUUACUCAACAAUCGAGUUUCUCCAGGAAAUCAACAGGAUAUGAAGAACAUUAAAAACGAUGAAAUUUACGGUUUCGUUCCCGCAAAGUUUCCAGUUACAACAUCAAAUCAGAAAGCAACUUACAAGACGUUUUUCGAUGAAACAUUUUACGGCGACAUCAUCCCGACAUUGAUGACUUCAGAAGCCAAAAUGCCAUUCGACACACCAUGCGUUAUCGACAAGGCAUACGAUAAUUACAACUUUUACUUAAACGAAUGUCGUCGACAAAAUGUGAAUUUAUACAACAAUAAUGAUAACACGCUUUACAUGGAACAACUUAAUGAAAGUCUUCGACGAAAAGGCUACAAAUUCACCUUGGCUGAUGUUGAAAGAUGCAGCAAUGAACUUGAAAGUAUGUAUUACAAUGGCCAGUACUUGGAAGAUGAAGGAUAUUUAGUAGUUUAA